AGGUCCGCGAGCAAGCGAGCGAAACAACCUGGCCAAGGCUGGGAGGCCGAAGGCGGAACUUGGCUGGCGUGCGUAAGGCGAGCGCGGCUACUGGCGGAGGCGCCAGCUUUUAGGGCGCGAGGCGGGCCGUGUGUGUGUGCGUCUGAUUGAUUAGCCUGCAAUCUGGCUUCGAGGAGCUGGGCGAAGGCCUGAUAAGAGCGUUGAAUGGGCUUGAUGUCACCGUGAUGUCAGGCUCGUAGUCUCCAGGAGGCGAACGCCGGCAGCAGGCGUCUCUGAAGCAGAGGAAGAGCCGUCGUCUCUCUUUUCCCCGCUCCGGUCCUCAGCACAACAGCCUUUCCAGUGCACAGCCCCUGCUGGCUGCUUCCCCGCGCCUCAACUUUCCGCUCUGGCUCCGGGGAAGGCUCCAGGUGCUGGCCGCCCGGCAGCUUUCUCGGCGUCCCGGCCACUCUGCGUUGCGCCGCUUGGCUUUGUCCUCCUGGAAGGGGGAAUUUCCACCUCGAGCAGUUCUUUCCAGAAGUGCCAAAGAAUCCUUGCCUUCUUUCCAAAAUGGCGGCUACACCCGGGAUACUGCUACUAUGCAUCUGGCUCCUAGCGCUUCUUAUUAAUGUGUGCUUGGCUCAAGAGACCCCUCCUCCAGGGUGUGGUAAUGAUCUUCAAAACAUCUACUACAACCUCUGUGACUUGUCAGCAGCCUGGGGCAUCGUGUUGGAGGCAGUGGCUAGUUUCGGUGUCGUGACCAGUUUUGUACUCACUGUUAUCUUAGUGGCUAGCACACCUUUUGUCCAGGACCACAGGAAGAAAAACAUGAUAGGGACUCAAGCUUUUUUUUUGUUGGGCACUUUUGGGCUGUUCUGCCUGACGUUUACCUUCAUUGUCAAGCCGCAUUUUUCAACGUGUGCCUCACGACGUUUCCUCUUUGGUGUCCUCUUUGCUAUUUGCUUCUCUUGCCUUGUGGCCCAUUCCCUCAGCCUGAAUUUCCUUGCCCGAAGGAACCAUGGUCCACAGGGGUGGGUCACCUUUGGUGUGGCUUUGCUUCUCGUUUUGGUUGAGGUGAUUAUCAAUGCUGAGUGGCUCAUUAUUACUGUAGUGAGGAAUAACGGUGCAUCCAAGGAUCCCUGUCAAGUGGAUAAUGAGGAUUUCGUCAUGGCGCUCAUCUAUGUCAUGUUCUUACAAAUGGCUAGCUUUGUUGCCACUUGGCCUGUCUUGUGUGGACGGUAUAAGCACUGGAGGAAACAUGCUAUCUUCAUCCUCCUCACCAUUUCACUUUCCAUGGCCAUCUGGGUAGUAUGGAUUGUCAUGUAUGUUUACGGCAACAAGCAGGAGGGUAGCUUAUCUUGGGAUGACCCAACACUGGCCAUUGCUCUUGUCUCCAAUGCCUGUGUCUUUGUCUUCUUUUACAUCAUCCCUGAGAUUUCUCAGUUGAUCAGACCACGGCCAGAGCAGGCUUAUGAGGAGGAUGUCUACCCUACCAGAGGAGUAGGAUAUGAAACAAUCCUCAAGGAGCAGAAAUCUCAGAGCAUGUUUGUGGAGAAUAAAGCCUUCUCAAUGGAUGAACCUUCUUCAGCAAAAAAACCUGUGUCACCAUACAGUGGGUACAAUGGGCAGCUACUGACAAGUGUGUACCAGCCCACAGAGAUGGCUCUCAUGCACAAAGGGCCUAUGGAAGGGACCUAUGAUGUUAUCCUCCCACGUGCCACAGCCAACAGCCAAGUGAUGGGCAGUGCCAAUUCCACGCUGCGUGCCGAGGAUGCCUACCUUUCACAGAAUAAGCAGCAGGUGACACAGAAGGAUGGAAAGAGUGAACAGACCUCGUCUCCAUAUAGCAAGAGCAGAUGGUAACAGCCUACAUCUUGGUUUUGGCAGAGAGAAGACCAUGCUAACUUUGCCUUCUUGAAGGAUCAUCUGAUGGGGCUAGGCCUCAAUUAACCAUCUGAGAUUCAUCCCGGAAGAUGAAACAGUGCUUUUCUUUUUGUUGUGCAUAUCCGAACAAGCUCUGCUUAGUCCCUGCUACUUAAAAUCUGGGUCAUAGUGUUGGGAUAUGCCUGCUGUUUUUAAUUCUGAACAGUGGGGCUUCUGUUCUCUUUGGAGCUGUCAUUCAGGUUAUUCUUAGUGCCACCUCUGCAGUGCAGCUAGCCAGCACUUUGGGAGCUCCCCCCCCCAUGUUUUUUACUCCACAUCUUUGAAGAACCAGGUUGACUCUGUUGUACGUGUCUGGCCUUCUCCAGAAUCCAUUGUGUUUAUGUUGUAUAAACAGGUCACUGCUGGUAUUGACAAGACCUCUCCUUGGUUGCAAUUCAGCCUUUUGGUGGAUGAUUGGGUACCUUUGCUUUCCAUUUUGUUACCAAACAGCACAGCUGAGAAGGGUCAUGUUGCAGUUCUCUUGAUGGAGUUCAUGCUCAUCAUGCUGUGGAGAGACACUGUCAUAUGCUGCAAGAAAUUUUGUAGUCUUGACCUGAACUGUGGCAAGCUAUCUGACAGCUUUCUCGCCUUUGACUCAAGACCUGGAGUGUGACAGAGCUAUGCUGCUCCCAAAAUCUUAGUAGUCCUCUCACCUGCUGUUUUCUUGACACAAAUUAAGGCAGCACAUGACUUCUCAAUACUUGGAGCGUUGCUCAAUGUCAGAAUGGGAAAUGGGAGAGGCUGUUUAUUAUUUAGAAGGCAACAUCCCAACAACAUGAUAUAGGGCUUUUGAACUAUUGAUGGCUUCCUGAAGGCCAUCCGUUCAACAUGAUGUAUGUUGCAACUAAUGGGGUGUGUGUCUAUGGGAGACCUGCUGGUUGUGCAGAGGUUCUGUGAAGAUUAAGGUGGUAAAUUCAUGUUUCCAUGCAUCCUGGGAAUUCUCAGAACCCUCCCGAAUAUUUGCUAACUUGUCUAUAACAUUUUCCUGUUUAUUAGCUGAAUCAUCAAAAGGGCCUCUUCCUAGUUCUUUUGUGAGAGCUCAGUGAACAGCCCUCUGUUGCCCACAGCCUUUGCAGCAGUGCUGACUGACAUGGUGCCUACCUGAUAAGUAGGAUGCCGACCCAAUGAGUACAAACCACAGUCAGUAGGGCCUGCCAUUUAUGCAAAUACACUAGUCCUAUUUCAGGAGGCACCUUAGCCUUCAAGGCAGCCUACUUUCCCAUGCUCACCACUAUGUGCCAGUUGUUGGGACUAUGUGCUAAGCAUAGUCUUUAUGUGCCCAGUGUUCCCCCAGUUCUCUGUGCAAAUGAGUAGCUCAGCUUGCUCUCAUUAUUGAGAAGAGAGGAAAAAGGCAAGAAACAAGACAUUGCUGGCAGGGGGCAGAGGUUGAGGACACUGAAACAAGCUUUGCAGAAAUGGAGUGGGAAGAGUCUGCAUGCUCCUAGCAGUGCCUUUUCAUCAGUCAUGUUCUGGCUUCUGAGGCUGGUGUAUGCAGUGCCUUUUGUAAAUGGGCCUUCAGUUUUAAGCUCUCCAGACAGGCAGGUUUUAUACAUCGGGAAGGAAAGGCCACAUCCUGCCUCGAGGCUCUGUCCUGUCUUUUUUUGCUUAGAAAUAGAAAGGGCCAGUUUACAGUCCUCUGAACUGCAGGGAAAUUUCUAAGAGGCUUGCACUGAGUCCUGUUUUCUACCCACCCUUUUUUGAGAAGUUCUGUGCUUUGCUGGUGUGUGUGUAGCAUUUGGGCGGGAAAAAAAUAUAUAGCUAAACAAAGUGUCAUGUGAUUUUUUUAAAAUGAUGGAUGUGAGUGAAUUGCAGAAAGAGAUAAGGAGGAAUGUGUGUGAGACUGUUAUAUUUUAAUCCUAUUGUUAUUUAAAGGAAGUGUGUUCUUCUAGAGCUGGCUUUAUAGCCCAGUUAUCUGACAAAUAAAUCCAACGUUUUUCCUAAA